AUGGAAUUUGCGACCUAUAUGCUGGAGGGAGAAGCUGAACACUGGUGGCAUAGAGUGCAACGCUUGUUAAGGCAGGUGGUGGAAGAGAUUGACUGGGAUACUUUUAAGGAGGAAUUUUACAAAAAGUAUUUUCCUAAAACUGUUCGUGAUGCUAAAGAAAUGGAAUUGAUGCAGUUGACGCAGGGGAAUAUGUCAGUGGCAGAAUAUACUCGAAAAUUUGAAGAUUUGUGCCGAUUCUCUAAGAUCUGUCAGGGAAACCCAGAUGAUUUUGAAGAAUGGAAGUGUUUAAAGUACGAAGGAGGACUUCGUGACGAGCUGAUGCAUUCAUUAGUCCUGUUGGAGAUACGGAAUUUCACAGAGCUUGUCAAUAAGAGUCAGCUGAUGGAAGAUUGUGAACAUAAGAUGGCAGCGUCAAGGAUGGGACAUCCAAGCUUACCGCCAAGAAACUUUAAUAAUUUUCAUAGGCAUACGGUACAGCGGAAAGUUGAUUUUAAGGUACCAGGAGUACCUAUGCGAAGGAACCAACAAGUUAGAAACUUCCCUACAUGCUUUACAACUGGGAAUGGAAAUAGGCCAAGACAGGAUAUCGGUAAGCAACCUCAGCAGCAAAGUCAGGAGGGCUUAACGUGUAGGCAAUGUGGAAAGAAUCACCCUAGUAGGCCUUGUUAUCUUGAAAUGAGAGUCUGCUAUAACUGUGGUGAACCGGGGCAUAUAGCAAGCAAUUGUCCAGAAAAGUUGGUACAAGGAUUAGCUAAAUCCCAACAGCCAGGGAGAGUAUUUACAAUGACUGCUGAAGAUGCUCGUACUCAGACUCCCUGA